AUGACUUAUUUCAAUAGUUGGGAGGAAUUCGCGAAAGCUGUCGAACGAUUGUACACAGCGAAUCCAGAAAAAUGCCGUUUUGUUACAAAAUACAAUCACAACCAGGGGAAAUUGGUGAUCAAAAUGACGGACGAUGUUGUGUGUCUACAGUACAGCUCAGAACAGACGCAGGAUGUGAAACGAUUAGAGAAAUUGACGAGCACUUUGAUGAGGAAUAUCACCUCGCGU